UCCAGUUUAGAUUUUUCAGAUAUAAGAAACUAAGAAAGAAUAGGAGAAACUUUUUGGAUCAUUUUUUUGGUUUGGUUCUCUUUAAAUUUUCUUUAGUUCGGUUUUCUCGGUUUUGGAUAAAUUAUCCAGGUACGAAAAACCGGUUCCACGCAAACUAGUUGGACCGAUUAACUUAAAGAAGCUCGCACCGGUUAACUCGACCCGCGUUGCCUAUAUAAACCAAACCACUCCACUGAACGUCCCCUCCUUCUCCUUCCUCAACUUCCCUCCUCUCUUUGAACUUUCCACAGUGAGAAGAAAACAACAUGACUCUAACUCUAAGCAUGGCCGAAACCCUAGACGCUCUAAUCGACAACUCCCAAGAAACCGAUUACUCCUCCGCUCACCCCGAGGAAGACAACACCAACAUCGAUCUCUCUCUCCUCCGCAUCAACAGCUUCGGUAACUCCUCCGUUCGCCGCCGCGCGAACUCCUCUCCUCCGCAGUUCCCCUCGCACGGAUCUUUCGGCUCUCCUUCCCCCGCCGCCGCCACCAGCCCCGUGAAACGCCCCUCCCCGGAGUCGAAAGACGCCGACGAGCCUAGACGCAAGAAGCUGUUUCUUCCCCAACCACGCGACGCCGAGGAUGACGAAACGAUGUCGAAUCGCUUGGGAUACUCGAAGAUUCCGCUUCCGUCGCGAGUCCGUUCGUCUCCGAUCUACAGACGAUCUCUCUCCGAUACGUUUUCUUCCCGAAGCGGUGUCGCUCAGGAAACAGCACCGUCUCUCCCGCCCCGGCCACCGGUCUUCAGGAGGUGCGUCUCCGAUGUUUCGCCGGCAGCUUCGAAGGCGUUUCGUGGAACUGAUGUUGAAGCCAAUAAGAUGCUCUAUGCUAUCAAGAAUGGAGUUGUUGAAUUGGAUCAGUGGUGUAACAAGCUUCUACAGUACGGUGAAUCGGUGAAACAAGAUGGCAGUAGUAGUCCUAAGCGUCUUAUCAAGGAGGGAGUUCGUGAACUGGAUCAGUGGUGUAACAAGCUCAUCAACUACGGUGAAGUCAGUAGUCCUAAGGCAGAAGUUGAGUCACCAGAAGAGGAGCACGACAAAGAGUGUAAAGAAGGAGUGAAGGUGGACAGAGUUGGUGAGGCUUUUGUUGUUGAGAUCAACUGUCCUUGUGGAAGAAACUACAGAACUCUCUUCUCUGGCCGUGACUGCUACUACAAGCUCUUGUAGACAUGGUGGUUUUCAUCAUCAUCAUCACCGUAUGUGGAAGGAUCUCCUGCUCUCAUGCAUUUUGUUUCAUUCGUAUUGUUUGGUACAGAUUGUUCCAUACGCUUCUUCGUUUUAUAGAUAGAUACUUUACACAUUGUUCUAGUGUCAUACUCUUGUUACCCUCAUUCAUUGAAAUGGAUGUGAUUUUUGUGUGUUG